AUGAGUGUCUUCUCUAACCUAUUCAGUAAGAAGAAAGAGGCAGCUCCAUCAACUCAAGAUGCUCUCCAGACACUCCGUAAUACUGAAGAAAUGCUGCUCAAAAAGCAGGAAUUCAUUGAGAAUAAAAUAGACGAGGUAAGUAUUUCCAUUUUAAUAUUAUUCUGUCGGUUUGGGAGUUGAAAAAGGCACGACAACAUGGCACAAAGAAUAAGAGAUUGGCACUCACAGCUCUCCGUAACAAGAAAAAAUUGGAGAAGCAACAAGAAAUGAACGAUGGCAUGUUAAACAGGAUCCAGCACCAGAAGGAAACCCUCGAGAAUGCUGCCACUAAUGCUGAAGUUCUGCAAGUUUUGGCUGGUUCUGCCAAGGCUCUCAAAGGCGCUCACAACAACAUGGAUGUGGACAAGGUGCAUGAUCUCAUGGAGGACAUUGCCGAACAACAAGAAGUGGCCAGCGAAAUUGCCGAAGCCAUUUCCAACCCUGUUGGCAUGAGCGACUUUGAUGACGACGAAUUGUUGGCCGAGCUGGAGGCUUUGGAAGAGGUAAGGGUUUAUAUGUUGUGAUAGGUGGUAUUAUUGUUAAUUUUUGAUACCUUUUUUGUUUUUAAACUUUAAGUUAAAAAAGAAACAGAAGAUAGAACACUGAAAUAACUGGUUUAAUUUUAGGAGGACCUCGAUAAGCAGCUACUCGAAGCUGGCCCAGCUCCUGUUGCGGAUGUUACACUACCUGCUGCUCCCACUGACGCUUUACCCAAAGCGAAAUCUAAGUCAAAAGAAGAGGAUGAGAUGGCGCAGCUUCAAGCCUGGGCGGAUUCCUAA